GAGGAGAUGCAGCCGCAGCCGCCGCCAGCCCGAGCCCAGGCCUAUUCCAACCCCGGCUACAGCUCCUUCCCCUCUCCCACGGCUCCCGAGCAGAGCUGCAAAGGCUGCGGGAUGCAGUUCGGCAGCGCCGCCAGCAAGGGCUUUUUAAAAGACACGUAAUGUGGCUGUUCUGCUGCUAUUCCUAUUGGAAAAUGUAGAAUUUGCCUUUCCAAAGUGCUGAACAGUCAAGUUUCUGCAGAAGUCAACACGGACUGUGAGUGCUUGGAACUUCUGAAAAUCGAGCCCUGAGUGACAAGAUCAGAACAGUAUCAAAUAUAAACAUUAAACACCAGAAUUUCAUCUGUAAAGUUUUUAAAUGUCUGGGGCCUAAUAUUUCCAAAACUUCCAACACUUUCUGUCUAGCACUAACUGGCACACAGUGGGUGUAUUAUUUUCAAAAUAAGCUAUUUUUGUUGUAUAAAUAAAUGCUGAGUUCUUUGAUGUCUGCUUUACACUGUAAGCUUUGCUGUUCCCUUUCCCUCUUACGGUGAAAGGAAGAUUCAUUUAGUGAUUGCAGCAAAUUGGAGGGGGAAAAAAAGUUGUGGUGGGAGGGAGGUCAUUCAUAGCAAGUAUUAAAUUUAUGAAAGAGAGAAAUGUUUUUAAGUAGUUCCCUCCAGUGCUGGAGCUUUCUGAAUGCACAGAGCAAUAUUUACAAAUAGCUGGAAUUCACGUGCGAGACAGAGAUUCCCUUAGAGAUAUCUCCUGACUUCCUCUGGCUCAGACUGAAUGAGCAGGUGCAGAAAACUCCUGCCAUUUGAGGGAACUGACUGGGAAUAUAACGCUUCAUUCUGGGGAAAUGAGGAAGGCAGAGAUCUGCUCAGGGAUCAGGCCUUUUCCUCAUUUAGGAACGCGGGGAACAGACAGGGCACUUUUCCAUGAAUCCCAAGGUUCUGACUGUGCUUUCGCAGAGGCUGCUGCUCCCUUUGGCUUCCGGACGGGAGGUCACCGAGUCCCCCUGGCACAGGAUGGGUUUGAUUCCUUUCCCCUCUCUUUACCAGCACAUCUGCUUGGACUGUAAGAAGAAUUUUUGCACGUCGUGCUCCAGCCAGCCCGAGGGGGGGCCCCUGCUCUGCCACCUCUGCCAGCGCUUCCGAGCCACGGCUUUCCAGCGGGAAGAGCUGAUAAAGAUGAAGGUGAAGGACCUGCGAGACUACUUGGCCCUCCACGAGAUCUCCACGGAGUUUUGUCGUGAAAAGGAGGACCUGGUGUUUCUGAUCCUUGGCCGGCAGCCUGUAAUUAGCCAGGAGGAUCAGAUAAGAACAAGCACAUUUAAUACCAGAGCCUCUGGACAGCAAGACUUUGUGAGUCACCCCCCAACCAGCCUGUCCUCUUCUACCUCACUCGAGGAGUCUUCGGUGUCUACAGAUCCCAUCUCAACUUCCGUAGCUCAGGAGCACCAACAGGCAAAUGGUCAUGUGCCUCCCAGCCCAGUCGGUGUGACAGCAGCUGAGGAAGCAGCAGAGGAAGCACCAGCAGAGGAGGAGACACAGUCUACUGACUCUGAAGAUAACCUGGUGCAGGGGAGGAAGGCUUCUCUCUCCGACCUGAGGAGCAUCGGGGACAUCAACGCGCUCUCCGUGCGGCAGCUCAAGGAGAUCCUCGCCCGCAACUUCGUCACCUACAAAGGCUGCUGUGAAAAGUGGGAGCUGAUGGAGAGGGUGACCCGUCUCUACAGAGAGAAAGACCCUCAGCAUCUAGUUUCUGACAUGGAUGAUCAAACUGGUGGUGCUGGGCAGCCCAGCAGCGAGGACAACCUGUGCAGGAUCUGCAUGGAUGCUCCCAUUGACUGUGUCCUGCUGGAAUGUGGGCACAUGGUGACGUGCACCAAGUGCGGGAAGCGGAUGAGCGAGUGUCCCAUCUGCCGCCAGUACGUCAUCAGGGCCGUGCACGUCUUCAGGACAUAACUGGGGGGGCUGGGGGUGCCCUGAAGCCUCCUCUGCUGCCAGGGAAACGGCCCACAUCGCUACAAGUAGUUACAAACAGACCCCGCUGGAAGGGAGGGAAGGAGGAAGCCUUGGGGAAAACCGUCCUGCUCAAGCCACGCCCGACCCCGCUCUUCCCACCAUCGUGCUUUACACCACAGUGCCUGCACUCCUUGGAGCUCAGUGCCAGCAGUCAUGAACCGCCCACCUCCCAGGAUAACUCGAUCCUCUCUGCUGGGGACAGAUGGAUGCUCGGCUUUCCACCACAAAGAUCAGCUCCAGAGGCUUUGUAUUUUCCUCUGAAUAAUAAAAGUGAACUGGGGUCUCAAAAAGUGUCCUUUGUUUUGCUGCUCAGGCUACACCCAGCAACAGCUUGGUUUUCAAAGAUUUAAAAUGUCACUGUGCUUGUUAAUUUUAUUUUUAAUUUAAUGUAAAACCAUGUUAUGCUUGCAGGACAGGCAGAAUGCCUCCGCUUUCCCUGAUUCCAGCCUAGUGCAAUUAUGGAAAAAUGUAUCAUUUUAUAUGAAGGUUGCCUUUGUAUUGUUGAGGACUGUUGGGAGGGAGGCUCUGUGAGCAUCCAGCCUGGCCUGUGUGGUGGUUCUCGUUUGUGCCACGGGGAGGGAGGUGUCUGGUUUGGUUGUUGAUGAGUGCUUUGACUCCACAGGCUUCCCAGCACAAACUGAACUGCCUUCACUUGCUGGAAGAGCUACGAAUCCAAGGCUUGAAUCUUCCUGAGGGUUUAGUGAGGGAACCACUCAGCUGGACAGCAGUGAGGCCUCUACUGCUACACAAUCAUAUUUAAGUACAGGUGACUUUUUAUUUUCAGAAGGGAAUCGUGGAAGAAAGCCAUGAGCAAUCACCACUGCAGGUCAGCUUCCCCCCCUCCUCCUGGGGUGUUUUUCAGUUCUGUUCCCUUCAGGCUGUCUAUCAAAAGCAAGUUAUUUUGUCCUUCCUGCUGGUGAGGGUCCCUGCUGUGAUCCCUGACAGCUGCAGGCCCUCACAGCUCUCCUGGGCAGCGUGUGCAGGUGGAAGGACUUGCCAGAGAUGAUUGUAACUCGUGUAUUUUCCUCUUAGUGUGUUUGGCUGCUGCACAGCCAAGCUUCAGAAUCCUCAUGCCUUAAGUUUCCAUCACCAUGGGAUCGUGCACUCAUUCCAAGGCAUUUGUGGAGCUGGGAAUCUCCUGCUGCAGGGCUGUGCUGUCUGGCUCUGGGGAGAGGUGAUCACUCCAUGUUCAGACACUGCUGGCCUGGCUGCCAGCAGGGAACAGCACAAAUCCCAGUUGUGGGAGCACUGGAAGGGCAGCUGCAGGAACAGCAGCAAAGCUCCUUGUGCAGUGAGUGAUAACAAUGUCAACAGCAAAUUUAACUGUGUGUUUUUGCCAGGGACUGUUGCAUGAGCAGCAAUGCAGCUGCAGGAGUGCAGGGUCUGUGCUCUGCUGGAGCCAAGAAAGCACCUGAGGUGAGGAAUCUGUGGCUGAGGAGGCAGCAGAACCCCUGCAGUGCUGAGGUGGUCUCAGAACUCCACCAAAAGGCAGCAGCUGCUGCAGUUUACUGAACUAAACACCAAGUUUUACCUCUUUGCCUGGUCAAGUUGUUCUUUAACCUUUAGCUUAAGGUUUAACAGGUUCCAGCGUGAGAAAGAACUGGUACAGUUCCACACAUUGCGUUAAAGGCAGGUAAGCAGUGACUGUGUUUACUCCUGGGGAGGGCACAGGGACUCCAGGAGGUGCAGGAAUACACAAAGUGCUGAAUUUAGUAAGUUCACUGUGAAAAUUCAUGUCAUAUUUUUCAAUAAACUCAGGGCUGGGGGAAUUUAGCAGGAAGAAGAUUAUUCUCCUAUGGACAGAUGUGCUUUGCCUUGUAGAGGGUAGGUUUACUUUCUACAGCAGAUAAAUCAAGUUGCAGAUCAAUGCCUGAAAUUUCAGGGAUGAGAAGAUACACCCAGUGACUCCAAAAUGUGCUUUCUGAAGGGAGGACUCUUCUUAUUUCCCUUGCAAAAGUGGGUUCUCUACUUCUGGAUAGGUGUGACUUGUUUUUCAAGGAAAAAUCAAAAUCUGGAGGAAACUGAUAAAUGAUGCAAAGGAAUAUAAUAUUCUGAACUAAUAAAGUAAAUGGAAAUAUUUAUGUGCUUUAUGUACACUGUACAUUGUUUAAAGACUUUAAAAGUUAAUAUUCUACUUGAAAGGGCAUGUUAUUCUCUGUUAAAUCCUCUUGGUACUAUGACGGUUAAACUUACUAGUUUUGGUACAGAAGUUUGGUUUAUAAUUUUAUAAUAAAGUUGAAAUGUGAUUUAGUUA